AUGCGGAGAGGGGCCUCCAACAAGCACGCCAUCUCUCUUCCCCCUGUCGAGCGCCCCAAUUGGAGUAGCACUUUCCGAAUACUCCGCCCUCCAGACCAGCUGCUCAGAUUUAAAAAGUAAAUAUAGCUUAAUCACGCAACACUUCAGAAUAAGUUAGUAUUCAAUGGGUUAGGUGGAGUUAACAGGGGUGUCUUUGGUCUGUUUGAGCCACAGAUAACGUUUCCUUUUCUAAUGAAACUAUUCUUUAUAUUUGCCAAAUGGCUACAUUGUAGAUGAUCGAAUGUCAAUUUGUAAAUCAACUCAAUCAAGUACAUUUUGGUUCUAAACUGGCAGAUUUGAAAUUGAAGCAUGGCUGAUAAAGACAUUAUUGUUAUAAGCAUUUGUGUGCAUACAACAAAUAUUUUAAUUCAUAAAGAAGUGACGCUAAGUAUUACAGUUCGGGAUAAUGUACAGGUGUUUGACUAUUUGUAGUAAAUUAUUUUGAUUGCGAAAGUGCUACCUACGAAUCCAUCACUCGAUUUACUUUGGUGAAUGUUUGCGCAUGCGCUCAGGUCAAACUACGCUGAGGUGGGAAAAAACGUUUGAGUCAUACAUUUUGGUUGAGAUAAACAGAACAAACCAACAUAAUCAUGGUGGCUAGUUAGCUAACGCUACAUCGUAACUCCAAAGUGCAAAAGGCGAGAAGCAAUUGAACAAGUUAGUUUGAUUUGACGAGUGAUUGCAUUGCAUGUCCCUUAGCCAGGACAAGGCUACAACCCCGGACAGUGCGGACGUGUGAUAGCGAGCAGAUCUCUACUAGAGCUAGUAGUAAACAACCAACACAAAUGAUUGAGCUAACUUGCUACAUUCUAUUUUAUUCAAUUCUAUAAUUGUUGGCUUCCUCAUCAUAUAAUUCAGCUCAGCACAGAAAAAGAAGACCCUUACGGGAGUCUACAGCCAAUCAUCAGCCAUGAAAAUAGCUGUGGAAGGAUGUUGCCAUGGAGAGCUGGAUAAAAUCUAUGAGACGAUUGGCUACCUGGAGCAGAAGGAGGGGGUGAAAGUGGACCUGCUGCUGUGUUGUGGAGACUUCCAGGCUGUGAGGAACGAGGGGGACAUGAAGUGCAUGGCUGUGCCGCAAAAGUACAGGCAGAUGCAGACCUUCUACAAGUUAGUUCCUUCCUAUCACCUCUGCUCCCUCUCUUAUGUAGGGCCAGGAGUUUUUCCUGACCCCCGCAUGACCUGAUCCUGGAAAAAAUCUAGACCCUACCUUACUCUGAGGGAUGGCUGUUAACCCCUAUGGCUUUAGAUGCCAUAGGAAUCAACAGCCAGGUUAAACCCAACCCUGUCAGUACUACUUAUAGUUCCUUUAGUUUAAAGGACAAUCUGUUGUAUUUCUGAUGGUUGUAUCUUGGUUCGUUCAGGUACUACUCUGGAGAGAAGAAGGCUCCGGUCCUGACUAUCUUCAUCGGGGGGAAUCAUGAGGCCUCCAACCAUCUCCAGGAGCUGCCGUACGGGGGCUGGGUGGCUCCCAACAUCUACUACAUGGGUAUGACUUUACCGUCACACUCUGGGUAGAAAGUUAAAACGCAUAUUACAAGUUCCACGGAUCUCAAGGCUCUCAAGGCCACUUGUCCAUCAGGAAAUUCGGGAGCAGUUUUCACUUGCCCGAAAAUGUUCAUCUAAUAAUAAAGUGUAUGUGGUCUUCCAUCAGGUUAUGCUGGCAUUGUGCGCUACAAAGGAGUAAGGAUUGGUGGCUUGUCUGGAAUCUUCAAAGGGCAUGAUUAUAGGAAAGGUGAGGUCAUAAAGCUCUAGUAGAUAUUUCCUCCUGUCUCUGCAAAUGUGUUGCAGCCCAACUGUUUGUAAAAUUUAAUCAAUGCUCUUUUUUACAGGACAUUACGAGUUCCCUCCAUAUAACCCAGAAACUCUACGCAGUGUUUACCACAUCAGGAACAUCGAUGUCUUCAAACUAAAACAGGUGACUACCACUCACAGGGUUAAUAUGUCAUAUUAUGUCCCCCCUAUUAUAUCAUAUGUCAUAUUAUGUGCCCCCCUAUUUUACCACUAGAUCCAGAUGCCCGUGGAUGUCUUCCUAACCCAUGACUGGCCUCGUGGGAUCUACCAUUACGGCAGCACAGGGGAGCUACUGAGGAAGAAAAAGUUCCUGAGGCAGGAGGUGGAGUCCAACACGCUGGGUAGUCCUGCAGCUGCAGAGCUCCUGGCCCAUUUGCAGCCUAACUACUGGUUCUCUGCACACCUCCACGUCAAGUUCGCUGCCCUAAUGCAGCACCCGGUGAGCUGAACUGAAGACAGUUGAGAGAGACUGCCGUGCAUAUUCAAAGAUUUGAUUCUUUCUGAUUAAUUAGAAUGAAAGAUUCUGUGAUUGUCGCAUGAUGCAUUUAUUCAGCAUCGACAUUGACAUAUCCCCCACCAACAUCUUAUUUCUCCUGAUUGUAUAUAUAAUGUAUGUGCUGCCAUAUCAGCACUGGAUCUAUCACAGCUCUGUUUGUACCUUCAGGCCAAAGUUGAUGCUGCCCCCCGCACCACCAAAUUCCUCUCACUGGAUAAGUGCCUCCCCUACAGGGACUUCCUACAGGUGAGAGAGAGAUAUAGAGAGAGGGUGAUGACACAUGCCAUGCAAGUGAUUAUGUUCCAGUUUCAUAGAUCCAGAUUAAACCUACUUCUGAAUGGAGAAUCUGUUCAUACUGGUCUGUGAAACAGCUUGCAAGUCUUAUUUUGGGCUAGUAUUGGCUAUAGGCGUGUUCUCUGUAGUGCAUGUAUGAGUUGAUGCUGACUUGUAGGGUGUGUGUUUCAGAUCGUAGAGGUAGCAGACAGGCCAGGAUCGUCCCAGGGUCUGGAGUAUGAUCCAGAGUGGCUGGCCAUCCUGAAGGCUACAGACAGCCUGCAGACUGUCAGUCCUAACUACUGGAACCCCCCACAGAACAACGGCCUGCACACAAGGUCAGACACUCGCUCUCUCACAUACUACACACACUUCUCUCUUACUUAUUCAUUCACUCAAUCAAUCAAUCUCUCUCUUUUUGUCUCUCUCUCUCUCUCUCUCUCUCUCUCUCUUUUUGUCUCUCUCUCACUCACUCACUCACUCACUCACUCACUCACUCACUCACUCACUCACUCACUCACUCACUCACUCACUCACUCACUCACUCACUCACACACACAUUACAAACCCUACUAUCUCACAUACAGUGCAUUCGGAAAGUAUUCAGACCCCUUCCCUUUUUCCACAUUUUGUUACGUUACAGCCUUAUUCUAAAAUUGAUUAAUUUAUUUGUUUCCCUCAUCAAUCUACACACAAUACCCCAUAAUGACAAAGCAAAAACAGGUUUUUAGAUUUUUUUGGCACAUUUAUUAAAAAUAACAAACAGAAAUACCUUAUUUACAUAAGUAUUCAGAACCUUUGCUAUGAGACUUGAAAUUGAGCUCAGGUGCAUCCUGUUUCCAUUGCUCAUCCUUGAGAUGUUUCUACAACUUGAUUGGUGUCCACCUGUGAUAAAUUCAAUUGAUUGGACAUGAUUUGGAAAUAUAUAUAAGGUCCCAUAGUUGACAGUGCAUGUCAGAGCAAAAACCAAGCCAUGAGGUCGAAGGAAGUGUCCGGAGAGCUCCGAGGCACAGAACAGGGGAAGGUUACCAAAACAUUUCUGUAGCAUUGAAGGUCUUAUAGUGCCUUGCAAAAGUAUUCAUCCCCCUUGGUGUUUUUUCCUAUUUUCUUGCAUUACAACCUGUAAUUUAAAUGGAUGUUUAUUUGGAUUUCAUGUAAUAAACAUACACAAAAUAGUCAAAAUUAGUGAAGUGAAAUGAAAAAAAUAACUUGUUUCAAAAAAUUCAAAAAACUAAAUAACGGAAAAGUAGUGCGUGCAUAUGUAUUCACCCCCUUUGCUAUGAAGCCCCUAAAUAAGAUCUGGUGCAACCAAUUACCUUCAGAAGUCACAUAAUUAGUUAAAUAAAGUCCACCUGUGUGCAAUCUAAGUGUCACAUGAUCUCAGUAUAUAUACACCUGUUCUGAAAGGCCCCAGAGUCUGCAACACCACUAAGCAAGGGGCACCACCAAGCAAGCGGCACCACGAAGACCAAGGAGCUCUCCAAACAGUUCAGGGACAAAGUUGUGGAGAAGUACAGAUCAGGGUUGGGUUAUAAAAAAAUAUCAGAAACUUUGAACAUCCCACGGAGCACCAUUAAAUCCAUUAUUAAAAAAUAGAAAGAAUAUGGCACCACAACAAACCUGCCAAGAGAGGGCCGCCCACCAAAACUCACGGACCAGGCAAGGAGGGCAUUAAUCAGAGAGGCAACAAAGAGACCAAAGAUAACCCUGAAGGAGCUGCAAAGCUCCACAGUGGAGAUUGGAGUAUCUGUCCAUAGGACCACUUUAAGCCGUACACUCCACAGAGCUGGGCUUUACGGAAGAGUGGCCAAAUAAAAGACAUUGCUUAAAGAAAAAAUAAGCAACCACGUUUGGUGUUCGCCAAAAGGCAUGUGGGAGACUCCCCAAACAUAUGGAAGAAGGUACUCUGGUCAGAUCAGACUAAAAUUGAGCUUUUUGGCCAUCAAGGAAAACGCUAUGUCUGGCGCAAACCCAACACCUCUUAUCACCCCGAGAACACCAUCCAUGUUUUUCAUCAGCAGGGACUGGGAAAGUGGUCAGAAUUGAAGGAAUUAUGGAUGGCCCUAAAUACAGGGAAAUUCUUUCAGUCUUCUAGAAAAUUGAGACUGGGACGGAGGUUCAACUUCCAGCAGGACAAUUACCCUAAGCAUACUGCUAAAGCAACACUCAAGUGGUUUAGGGGAAAACAUUUAAAUGUCUUGGAAUGGCCUAGUCAAAGCCCAGACCUCAAACCAACUGAGAAUCUGUGGUAUGACUUAAAGAUUGCUGUACACCAGCUGGAGCAGUUUUGCCUUGAAGAAUGGGGAAAAAAUCCCAGUGGCUAGAUGUGCCAAGCUUAUAGAGACAUACCCCAAGAGACUUGCAGCUGUAAUUGCUGCAAAAGGUGGCUCUACAAAGUAUUGACUUUGGGGGGGGGGGGUGAAUAGUUAUGCACACUCAAGAUCAGUUUUUUUGUCUUAUUUCUUGUUUGUUUCACACACAAAUAUAGAGGUAGGCAUGUUGUGUAAAUCAAAUGAUGCAAACCCCCUAAAAAUCCAUUUUAAUUCCAGGUUGUAAGGCAACAAAAUAGGAAAAAUGCCAAGGGGGGUGAAUACUUUCGCAAGCCACUGUAAAUGGAAGAAGUUUGGACCACCAAGACUCUUCCUAGAGCUGUUCGCCCUGCCAAACUGAGCAAUCGGGGGAGAAGAGUGUUCGUUAGGGAGGUGACCAAGAACCCGAUGGUCACUGCGACAGAGCUCCAGAGUUCCUCUGUGGAGAUGGGAGAACCUUCCAGAAGGAAAACCAUCUCUACAGCACUCCACCAAUCAGGCCUUAAUGGUAGAGUGACCAGACGGAAGCCACUGCCUCAGUAAAAGGCACAUGACAGCCCACUUGGAGUUUGCCAAAAGGCACCUAAAGGACUCCCAGACCAUGAGAAACAAGAUUCUCUGGUCUGAUGAAACCAAGAUUGAACUCUUUGGCCUGAAUGCCAAGCGUCACGUCUGGAGGAAACCUGGAACCAUCCCUACAGUGAAGCAUGGUGGUGGCAGCAUCAUGCUGUGGGGACGUUUUUCAGCGGCAGAGACUGGGAGACUAGUCAGGAUUGAGGGAAAGAUGAACAGAGCAAAGUACAGAGAGAUCCUUGAUGAAAACCUGCUCCAGAGUGCUCAGGACCUCAGACUGGGGCGAAGGUUCACCUUCCAACAGGACAACGACCCUAAGCACACAGCCAAGACAACGCAGGAGUGGCUUCGGGACAAGUCUCUGAAUGUCGUUGAGUGGCCCAACCAGAGCCCGGAAUUGAACCUGAAGAUUGAUGGGGGGGGGGGGGGGGGGGGGGGGAACAAUUUAAUUUAAUCCAUUUUAGAAUAAGGCUGUAACGUUAAAAAAAAAUGUGGAAAUAGUGAAGGGGUCUGAAUACUUUCCGAAUGCACUCUGCACACAUGCAUACACAUUUGCGUACAUGCACAUACAAACCAUCCCUCACUUACGCAUGCACACCCACCCACACACACACACGUGUAAUGUGCUGCUCAUGAUCUCUGUGUCUAACUACUUCUGAAUGUUGUCCAGGUGGGACUUCAGUGCGUCUGAGGCAGCCAUGAUGGAGGCUGUGGGUGACCUGGGGGGUGAACUGUCCAUCCCUGACAACUUCAGCCUGACCGUGCCAGCCUACGACCCUGCCCGGCCACAGCCCCAUGCCCACCCCAGCUACAGCACCAACUCCCAGACCAACCGAGCUCUGUGCCACCCUGGGCCUCCGAGACAUCUAUGCCCAGGUUGGGCAGGGAGGAUAUGGGGGCCAGAUAGGCACAGGAGCCCCAGAGCUGGAGGAUGAUGAAGUCCAGAGUGGAGAUGAACCCAGUGAAUAUCCUAGUGACACCUCAGGCCUGUCCAGCUCCUACAACCCUGAUGAGAUCACCAUAGAGGACGAGUGGGAGGAGGAAGAGGGGGAGGAGGAGGGAGGCGAGAAAGAGGGAAAGAGGAAGAGCCCUGAUGCAGUGGUCCCAGGGGGGGAAGCAGGAGGGAGAUGGGACCCAGGGCCCCCCUCUAGAGAGCUACCCCCCAGCCGCAUGGGUCUGACCAUGCCUGAGCCCAAAUCAGACCCCGCUACUCCCUCACGCCUGUCCCUCAACCUGCCUCCUCCCUCUCACUCCUCACCCCCGGAAGUGGAAGGGGAGGAGCCCCAUGUCCGGAUCCCCAAGCGCACCAGUGGGGAGACAGGGGACCCCAUCAGUACAGGCAGCACCCCCAUGAUCAAACGCAGGAACCAGGUCAUCUACACUGCAGUGGACGAUGACGAGAGUGAGGACUAG